GGAGGGUGCAGAGAGCGGAAGUUCCCGCCCCGGCCCCACCUCCGCCCCCGGCUCACGCGAACUGGGUGUUUCCUGUCUCUUUCAGUCCGGGUUUGGAGACUCCGGCGUCCUCCGACUUUUCAUGGAAGAGAUGUCAGGAGAAAGUGUGGUGAGCUCAGCGGUGCCAGCGGCUGCGACCCGCACCACUUCCUUCAAGGGCACAAGCCCCAGCUCCAAAUACGUGAAGCUGAAUGUGGGCGGAGCCCUCUACUACACCACCAUGCAGACGCUGACCAAGCAGGACACCAUGCUGAAAGCCAUGUUCAGCGGGCGCAUGGAGGUGCUCACCGACAGCGAAGGCUGGAUCCUCAUUGAUCGCUGUGGGAAGCACUUUGGUACGAUACUCAACUACCUGCGUGACGGAGCAGUCCCCUUGCCUGAGAGCCGCCGGGAAAUUGAGGAGCUGCUGGCAGAAGCCAAGUACUACCUGGUCCAGGGCCUGGUGGAAGAGUGCCAGGCAGCCCUGCAACAGAACAAAGAUACUUAUGAGCCUUUCUGCAAAGUUCCUGUCAUCACCUCAUCCAAGGAAGAACAGAAACUUAUCGCAACUUCAAAUAAGCCAGCUGUGAAGUUGCUCUACAACAGAAGUAACAACAAAUACUCAUAUACCAGCAAUUCCGAUGACAAUAUGUUGAAAAACAUCGAGCUGUUUGAUAAGCUGUCUCUACGCUUUAAUGGAAGGGUCCUGUUCAUAAAGGAUGUCAUUGGGGACGAAAUCUGCUGCUGGUCCUUCUAUGGCCAAGGCCGCAAGAUCGCCGAGGUCUGCUGUACCUCCAUUGUCUACGCCACUGAGAAGAAACAGACCAAGGUGGAGUUCCCUGAAGCCCGAAUCUAUGAGGAGACCCUGAACAUUUUGCUGUACGAGGCCCAGGAUGGUCGGGGACCUGACAAUGCGCUCCUGGAGGCCACAGGCGGGGCGGCCGGGCGCUCCCACCACCUGGACGAGGACGAGGAACGGGAGCGGGAGCGUAUCGAGCGCGUGCGGCGCAUCCACAUCAAGCGCCCAGACGACCGGGCCCACCUCCACCAGUGAGCGGUCAGGGGGCUUGGCCACACCUCUGCCGCUCUCCUCCCUGCUAUGCACUCAGACCGCUACGGGCUCCUGGGCACCCCUACCGCCCCCGGAGUCUGGAGAGACUUCGUAACCAGCCAGAUAACGAGUUUGCUAUUUCUUGACCAGGUGAAUUGAUCGUCUUUACCCAGGUGAACACACCCCUGCUGUGGCUCGCACUGGGUCCAAGGUCUCUGCUUUUCCCGAGAAUCCGAGAAGCAGCUGGAACCAGGCUUUCCUGGUUCUCGGAGGAAACGUGUGAAUGGUGUGAUGAGUGUGUGAGAACUUGUUUGCAGUAUUUAUUUUUGUGGGUGCCGACUACCUGUAUGAAGUGGCCCUGCUUCUGAGAUUAUCACCUCCAUGAGGGGUCCUGUAGUCAGGGGUCCCCAGGGGUGUCUGCGGGUCAUGUUUCCCCACCCUCCAGCCCAGCACGCUGGUGCCGGUUCCCGUGCCAGCACAGUCUCUCCCUCAAGGCUUUGCGAGAAGCCCUGCUCCCUGCCACACUGUCACCCCUAGAGCUUGUUGGGAAAGAACCAACGCUCGAAGCUGUGGAGAUGGGACCUGCUUCCUGCCUCUCGGUUGCUGUUCCUGGCGUAGCUCUGGGGGCCUAGCUGUGUUGCAGGGGCAGGCAUAUGCUCGUUUUGUCUGAUCUGUGGUCUAGUGCUUGUUGGGGCCCCACACAGUCUGGCUGAGGGCAGAGCUGGCCCCUGCCCCUUCCCCUGCCCUCCUCGUUGACCCACUCCAUUCCAGGAAGGCCGCCUGGCCUGCUCAGGGCAGAGCACACAAGCCGCUGCCCUGUGAAUUCCAGUUCUUCCUCCUCCGCCUUACGCUUUGUUAAGCAAGGCUUCCUGCCCCCAGUGGAUGCCCUGCCCUUUGCUUAGAAGAAAUUAAACAUCCAGGCAGGACCAGCACUCACACCAGCAGCCUCAUGACGGCCUUCCUGCUGUCAGCACAGCCAUCACCUGGUGAUCCCAUCUUGUCUUGGCCCCUGAUUUGUACACAGUGUGGAGUGGCUGUCAGCAAGCGGAGGAGACCCCGUGCAGAUCCUUUGGGGUCCAGUCAGUGUCUGUGUUUGUGUUUGUUUAAGGGACGUAUGUGACUGUGGAUGAGGACGUGUGCUCGGGUGGCCCGCGCCGGAGCCCUGCUGUCUGCAUGGUGCUCAAGCGGGAUAGAUGUUCUCAGUUACCUACCUCCCGUCUCCCCUGCGCCCCGGGACAGAGGGAGCUGUGACGAAUGUGGGUGGUUGAGACUAGAUUAGGUAGAGUAGUUAGAGGGAGAUGUGAACAUGUGAGGUUGUGGAUGGGUUUUGUCUGCUCUUCAAGGGAAACGUUACCGUUCUAUACCAAAGGUGUUAAUAUGGGCAGCCUUUGACACAGUGUAUUCCAGAAAAAAAACAAAAAACGAGUUUAUAUUUUGAAAUGGUUUUUACAGCUUAGAUUUUGUACAUCCUGCCCUACUUGUGACAGUUGUACACCUUUAUUUUAUAUCCGGCAGCAAAGCCUACAAUAAAACUUUAAAACAAUCAUGACUGAA